CAGUUGAAAAUAAUGAGGAAACCGUAGAUAUAAUUAUAACUAGUGGAAUUAGGUUUUCUGAAGUGAUGGUGGGUGAUUUAUAUUUUGUUUAGGUUAUCUCUUCAGAUUCUUCUAUGGACAACACAAAUCGUGUAAUGGGGAGAGAAAAAAACUUUUAAGAAUAAGAAUUUAAACCAUCUCUCAGAAGUGUAUAGUAGAGCUAAAGAAGAAGACAACCAACCAAGGGUCAUCCAUCUGAAGUUGCAAUUGUCUCACUAAUAAUCCCAGGACAGAGUUAGAGAUCACAACUCAAGCAAAGGGCUGCAAAGAUGUUUGACAUAAAAGCUUGGGCUGAAUAUGUUGUGGAAUGGGCUGCAAAGGACCCAUAUGGUUUCCUUACAACAGUUAUUUUGGCUCUUACUCCAUUGUUUCUAGCAAGUGCUGUACUGUCCUGGAAAUUGGCCAAGAUGAUUGAGGCCAGGGAAAAGGAGCAAAAGAAAAAACAAAAACGUCAAGAAAAUAUUGCAAAAGCUAAACGACUGAAAAAGGACUGAAGGAAUGAACAGGCUCUGCAACCAGAGGAAAUUCAUUUGGGAAAUUAUGCAGCUUUGGAAGGACUCUCUAAGGUUUCUUUUCUGGAUUAUGACAGUAUUUAGUAAACUGAGCCUGAGCAUAUGGAAGAAUCGAUCUAGUUCUGACCUCUACUGUAGUAACUUUUAGGCUUCGGUAUAGAAGUCUAUUGACAGUUAUUGUAAAUCAGCAUUUAUUCUACAAAUUCUUUAUAACUGAUUUAGUCAUUUGCCAUUUUGCAGCUUAAAACAUCCUGUAGAGAGAAAAAAAAUGACUUUAGAUUAGAAACUCUAUUCAAAUACUGGCUCAAAAAAGGGUCCUGUUUUGGACAAAGGAAACUAAGAAUGUAAAAAUGAGAACUGUCCUGAGGUGAAAAGUAUGCUUUGGCUUAAAAAGAGAUACAGUGUAUUAAUUACAUCUUUUAUCAUUAUUGCUUAUUUCUUAGUCAUUUCUGGCUUUCUCAAAGCAAAAUAUUAUUAAUCAAUGAGUACUUCAAUUUUCUACAUUUUUCUCAUUUUAGUCUUUCAGAUACUGGUAAUUCAGACAUUCUACCUUUUUUAAAAUCUAAUUUUAUAAAAAAUUCUCUUAAUUAUCGUGACUGUAUAGAGUACCACCUACUAACAAUUUCUGUACUUAUGAACACUGCCAUUUACUUAGAGAUGACUUAUUGAAUAGAGUAACACUAUGAUUUCAAACUUGGAGUAAAAAUUCCAAACCUUGUAGUACUUUGGAACCAGUUUAGUCUUACUUGUGCUAAGAAGAAAUUUGAAGUAGUUACAAUGUCUUAUCUGAUAAUUUGCUGAUUAUAGAGAUACCACUUUUAAUUUUUAUUCCAUUCUUUAUUUGAACUCAUGUAGUGAUGUACUAUAAUUUUUGAUCAAACAAGUUCACAGUGAAAAUUAAAAUUUCAAAUUUCUUUUAAGGAAUUCAUAAAGAGUAAGUCAUAUUUCAUAAGUGGUAAAGAAAGGCUUAACAUUUGGAAAAUUUUUGUUUGGCAUCGUAGUAAUUGGUUGAAAAAAGAUAAAUUAUGUCAAAAUGAGAAUGUGUUGUAAUUAGAAAUAAAAAGCUAAAGGAUA